AUGGCCAUCUUCUCUAAGUAUCUCGAGGAUUCAGUUGAAAUUUUUAUGGAUGACUUCUCGGUUUACGGGAAAACGUAUGAAGUUUGUCUGAAUAAUUUGGAGAAGAUACUGAGGAGAUGUGAAGAGACAAAUCUUGUGCUAAACUGGGAGAAGUGCCACUUCAUGGUGAAUGUAGGUAUUGUACUCGGGCACAAAGUUUCCAAGGAAGGGUUGGUGGUGGAUAAGGCGAAAAUUGAGGCCAUUGAAAAACUCCUACCUCUAGCAAAUGUGAAGGCUGUCAGGAGUUUCCUGGGACAUGUAGGAUUUUACCGUCGUUUUGUGAAGAACUUUUCGAAGAUUGCUCGACCAUUGAGUGCGUUGCUGAAGGCUGACAGAACAUUUGACUUUGAUACACAGUGCCUCAAUGCAUUCAAGAUACUGAAGAACGCAUUAACUACCACGCCUAUGUUGAUCACACCUAAUUAG